AUGAAAGCAUGUUUCUUGCUAUUAACUGUCUUGUUCUAUUCACAUUUUGUAAUAUGCAGGGACUUUUACCUUGGCAUGUUCAAGAAAAAUGAUUUUCUGGUUGCCCAGGAUGUAAUUUAUAAACCAGCCUCACACUUUGGUGCUACAACUGCGUCAUAUGGGAGAUUAUUCAAAUGUCCUAUAACAUACUUCAGGGUAGUAGACCGUCUAGGCAUGGGCCGAGGACCAUUUACAACAGUUACUCGUGGUGGCCUCCGUAAGAAGUUCAUAACUGUUCGGAUCAAAUCAACGUACAACCUUCCUAUAUCGGUUAACAUAUACGUAGGUUGUGCUAACGAUCUCCCUAAGACCACCAGAAGGAUACGGGUUACAACUGUACAAACUACUGUUGCGGCUAAAAACGAUUCUCAAGGAGGUAGUGAUGCUACUGGUGGAAAUAAAACUGAAGAAGGAGGUGGCGGAGGAGCAGAGUCAGGAAAUGGUACAGCUGCAGAUGACACCGCAACAACACUAUCUGCAACAACACUAUCUGCAGCAGCUAGUUAAUUAAC